AUGGACCCUGUCGCCCCAUCCGUCCUCCAGCUCACCGCCUACGCCGACGCCGACGCCGACUGGACCGACGCCGCUGGCCAGCUGCCCAGGGAGAAGAAUGGCGCCGAGAACGCCGCCGCCGCUGCCAUCGCCAUCGCCGAUGCUGCUGCCGUUGCCGCUGCCGCUGGCGUGGCCAUUCCGGCCGUCGACCCAUUGGUCGAGCGAGCCCGCGCCCUGGUCAUUCCAGAGAUGGAGGACCUGAGCUGGGCGGUGUACAACGGCCAGCGAAUGGAGGUGGGGCUCGGAGAAAAAGACGUCGAUAAAGCCUUCGAGAAAGAGAUGGAGUGGUACAAGGCAGCCCAGCUGCACCACACCAAGGCCAAGGAAGAGUACCUGGCUUUCCUGGAGGAGACCAUGGGGAGUCGCCCUCCCAUGGGGAAUCGCCGUCCCUACAAAUGGUCCGAACAUCACGUGUGGCUGGCCCAGGAGAUCAAGGCCUACAAGGAGCAGCACCAGUUGCCAGAUUGGCGAACAGAGUGGCUCACCCAGUUGGCCGAGAUUGCGGCCGCUUGGGCUUUGGAGCAGGCGGAGAGGCGUGUAUGGAUCCUCAUGCACCCUCUAUGGGGAAUGGGGUAUUAUACCCUAGCGAGCCGCCGGCGGCACGAGGGUCACGCGAGGUCAUCGGCAAACGACUGCCUCGAAUAG